AAAAAAUGCUGGAACAAGAAGAUAUAAUUGCUCAUUUGGACAAUCACUUAAAACCGUGGUUGGACGGCACUGCAAUUUUAAAGGCUGAGUACUUGACCAAAGUUGGUGUGAAAAAGAAAAGCCCCCUGCAUAUCAUUGGAUUAUGCCGGCAAGUAUCAAAGCCAGCAGAAGCUCCCCAUCGCAUUGACUUCAAAUUCAACACCAAAAAACCUGGAAAAUAUGCAAUUUUAAAGGGAAACUGUAGCUGUACAGGUGGUGCUAGCGGCAAGUGUAAACAUAGUACUGCGUUGUUACAGUUUUUAAUGAAAGUACCGGCAAGUGAAUUAGAAGCACUAAGCUGUACAGACGAUGUAUGUCAGUGGAUCAAGGGUAGCAGUGAGCCAGACAGUAAACCAAUAGAGAUUGUGCCAGUUAGUAAAUUUUGCCAUUUUUAUAAACCGAUUGCCGCAGCUCCGGCAAUCCCAAAUUUUUUCAACAGUCCUGAAUUCAAAAUGAUUAUGGAAGGUGCUGGUAAAAAUUCAUCAUUUUUCAAGCAUCAUGCUGGUAGAAAACAAGCAACCAAGGAAGAAUAUCGUCUGUCAUCUCAAAAUAAUAUGACUAAUGUUCGUAUGCUGCUUACUCAUAAGGACCCAAGUUUCCCCUCUGAUGAUUUCAAUAUGGAAUGCAUCGGCAGUAUUUCACCGGAGCAAAGUAAUUUCUAUCACAACAAUGUUAUACUUGAUGAAGAGAAGGCUCUUAGAAUAUGUAUCCAUACAGUGAACCAGGCAAAAAGUGAUAAAUGGCUAAAAGAAAGAAAGCUUAGAAUUACGGCAUCGAGGUGCUACGAGCUGUACACGUAUUUCAUGAAUUCUGAUGUACAAGGAACUGCAAACUGGAAACAAAAACACAAAAACCUGUUCAAAACCACAGUUCAAACAAACGACAUGGAGUAUGGAAAGACUCAUGAAGAAACUGCGCUUCAAAUUUAUGAAAAACUAACGGAAUGCAAAAUUACAAGGCUAGGAUUGACAAUCAAUAUCAACGUUCCCUAUCUUGGAUUUUCUCCUGACAGAAUUGUUUUCGACGACGAGAUUACUUUACUGGAAGUGAAGUGUCCGAGAUUAGGAAAAACAUUAUCAAUUACCAAAAUGCUUGAUAAAUUGGAUUAUGUGGAGAAACUUGACAGCGGAUACUCCUUAAAAAAGAAUCAUCCGUAUUAUGGCCAAGUUCAACUGGCUUUAUGCCUCAGUGGUAUAAAAAAAGGUCAUUUCAUUAUUUAUAACGAAUUUGAAACAAACGUUUUUGUUAUUGACGUGUUAUAUGAUGAACAGUUUUGCAAAACUUUAGUUGGCACACUGACUAUAAUUUAUUUUGAAUACCUUUUAUGUUUUAUAUGCGCUAGCAAUUAAUUAAUUAUGUAUUAGCUGUGAAAUUUUGUUUCUAUUUCACCUCGUAUUGUUUUAUGUUUUAUAUGCGCUAGCAAUUAAUUAAUUAUGUAUUGGCUGUGAAAUUUUGUUUCUAUUUCACCUCGUAUUGUUUUAUGUAAGUGCUUUAUAUAGGUACUCAUUUUAUGAUAUUCCUGCUUCCAAAAUGAAUUUUAUGCUUGUAUAUAUGUGAUAACUGUUCCUACUCUACCUCGAAUCAUUUUGAAAUAUAUUUUACACUCGUACAUGUGUACUGUACUUAUUAUUAAAUAAC